AUGACUUCUCAAUACGCGGCGGAGCUAUGUGCGCUCUUGGUCGAGGAUAAUUUCGGGGAGCUUUUUGCGCGUAUCUUCUCAACCCUCCAGCGCUAUGACCGGCUCUCAUUACCUCGUUUAAAAUUCUACUCGCGCCUCUCCGAUCGUCAACUUCGUCAUGGUCUAUCUGCCAUGAUUCAACACCACCUGGUGUACCAUUACACAUCCUACGACGAUGGCGUUACCUAUUACGAACCAAACCUGCAGGCUGCGUACUAUCUUGUUCGCUCCGGCAAGAUCCUGGAGUUCAUCGAAGAACGGCUUGGGAAGUAUGCGGCUACCCUUAUGGAGACCAUUAUGUUUCUCGGACACGCACAAGUCGGCUACCUCGAGACCCUCCCUGAACUGCAACCCGCACCACCUAAAGCGAAUGGCGUGAAACAGGAAGCCGAAGGUGGAGAGUCCGAAGAACAAAUGAAUGGCGAUGAUGUGCACACCUCCGACCAGCCGGCGCUUCUACAUCCUACUCUGAAAGCACUGGCUUCCCACGGUUAUAUCUUUCGUGUGCGCGAUGCGCAAUUCCAAAGCUACGCUGAUAACGCCCUGGAUGCGGAACGUGCCAUCAAGUCGCGACCUGAUGUCAAGCAGCUAAAGGGUAAGAAGCUGGACGAAACAGUCCUGGAAGGGACUGUUACUCUUUUGAAAGAAAGACUUGAUGGGGAUCUUACCCGCGGACUCAUGCAUAACGGGUUACCCCGGGGUGCGAAGAGAAGGCAUGGUACCGGGUCUGCAGAUGCUACAAACAAAAAAGCACGAAUGGACUACGUCGAUGCUGAUGAGGAUGAGGAUGAGGAGGAGAACGAAUGGUCGGAUGACGAGAUGGGUGGGGAUACCACUCCCAUGGAGUUGGCAAUUGUUGUCCGCGUGAACUAUGAGAAACUCGACGUUGCUCUUCGGAAUCGACGGUUUUUGGAUCUUGCGGAGAUGAACUCAUCGCCAGUUACCGCACAGGUCUACGAGGGCCUCCUACGACGCAUAGAAUACCAAACCAAACAAUGCCGAGAUAGUGCUGAGAUACCCCGCGAAGGAGAGGAAGGCGAGCAAUACUCCGUCCCCAUCGCUCUUAGUGCGGUGACAGAAGAAGUCGACCCGCAGUUGGACCUUGCAGGCUCCAUAGGUCCCAUGGAGAUAUCACAGGCCAUCAACAAACGUGGGAAACGGCCUCUGGAGGACAGUGUCAAUGGAACCGACCGUGAAGGAUCAGAAGCCCCCAGCCGCACCUACGAGGUAGACCAACACCUUUCUCUGCUCUCGCAGCCCCCCUACAACCUCACAUCCAAGCGCGUACUUUCCGGACUCAUUACCUGGACCGUCGAAUUCCGACACCUAGCGCGCAAGCUCCGCCACCUAGAACUGGAACGAAUGAUUGAAGCCCGCUAUGGCGACGUCGCUUUACGAGUGAUCCGCGUACUCCACGCCAAGGGCAAGCUCGACGAGAAGCGCCUACAGGAAAUCAGUCUCCUCCCCUUCAAAGACCUGCGUCAAGUCCUCGCUAGCAUGCAGUCCGGUGGGUUUGUGGAUCUGCAAGAAGUCCCCCGAGACGCACAGCGACAGCCCUCUCGUACGAUCUACCUCUGGUACUAUGAUCCGGACCGCAUCCGGAGCAGCAUUCUGGAGGACACGUACAAGGCUAUGUCUAGGUGUAUGCAACGCCUGCGGUUUGAGCGGAACCGACUCAAGGAGUUCCUGGAGAAGACGGAGCGGAGUGACGUCAAGGGCAAUGAGGAGCGCUAUCUGUCUCAGGCUGAGUUGACCCUGUUGGAGCAGUGGAAGGCUAAAGAGGCCUUGUUGCUUGGGGAGGUGGCUCGGUUGGAUGAGAUGGUUGCGGUCAUGCGAGACUACUGA